AAAGUGAACACACUCAGAUGUAAACAAGAGAAAACAUGGCUUCGCCCUUGAUCAGGUGCUUCUCAAAGAUUGGUAGGCAGGUGUCCCGACCAUGGAGUGUGUGCCAACAUGGGCUGCGGAACAGAUCCACCCAACCAGACAUGUCUGCAGAGCAGGCUGCUGCUCUGGGGGUCACCUACCCUCCACUACAGACAUAUUCUGAGGAGGAGGGGAUGAUGAGGGAUGCUGUGAAAAAGUUUGCACAGGAGCGUCUUGCCCCGUUUGUGUCAAAGAUGGACGAAAACUCUCUCAUGGACCCGGAAGUGAUAAAGUCACUCUUUGAACAGGGGCUGAUGGGCAUAGAGAUCGACCCAGAGUAUGGAGGCACCGGCUCCACGUUCUUCUCCUCCAUCCUGGUCAUUGAGGAGCUGGCCAAAGUGGACGCCUCCGUGGCCGUGCUGUGUGACAUCCAGAACACUCUCAUCAACACGCUGUUCACCAAGCUGGGGACCGCAGCCCAGAAAGAGCGCUAUCUCAGCCGGCUGUCAACAGACAUGGUUGGUAGUUUCUGCCUGUCAGAAGCAGAGUCGGGGAGCGAUGCCUUCUCUCUGAAGACGCGUGCUGACAAACACGGGGACUAUUACAUCAUCAACGGUUCCAAGAUGUGGAUCAGCAACGCAGAACAAGCCGGGGUGUUUCUGGUGAUGGCCAACGUGGACCCGUCUGCUGGUCACAGAGGUAUCACCUGCUUCAUCGUGGACAGAGACGCAGAGGGGCUUCAGAUCGGCAAGAAGGAGAACAAACUGGGUCUGAGAGCUUCUUCAACCUGUCCUCUCAACCUGGAUAACAUCAAGGUUCCUGGGAAGAACGUCUUGGGUCAGAUCGGCCACGGAUACAAGUACGCCAUCGGCAUGCUGAACGAAGGCAGGAUUGGGAUCGCCGCUCAGAUGCUGGGGCUGGCUCAGGGUUGCUUCGACCAGGCCGUUCCCUACACCAGACAGAGGGUUCAGUUCGGCAAACGCAUCUUCGACUUCCAGGCCAUGCAGCACCAGAUCGCCCAUGUAGCCACCCAGAUAGAGGCUGCCAGGCUGCUUACCUACAACGCUGCCCGGCUGAAGGAGGCAGGACGACCUUUCAUCAAGGAGGCCUGCAUGGCCAAGUACUUCACCUCAGAGGUGGCAACGUUGACCACUUCAAAAUGCAUCGAGUGGAUGGGAGGGGUCGGCUUCACCAAAGACUACCCUGUUGAGAAGUACUACAGAGAUUGUAAAAUAGGUACCAUUUAUGAGGGCACAACCAACAUCCAGCUGUCCACCAUGGCCAAGUUUAUAGACAAGGAGUAUGACCACUGACCUCUUGACCUGGCCUGGCUGUUUCCUCAUCGUGUAGACUGACCUGACCUGACCUCCUGCCCUGACUGUUUCCUCAUCGUGUAGACUGACCUCCUGCCCUGGCUGUUUCCUCAUCGUGUAGACUGACCUCCUGCCCUGACCUCCUGCCCUGACCUGGCUGUUUCCUCAUCGUGUAGACUGACCUCCUGCCCUGACCUCCUGCCCUGACCUGGCUGUUUCCUCAUCGUGUAGACUGACCUCCUGCCCUGACCUCCUGCCCUGACCUGGCUGUUUCCUCAUCGUGUAGACUGACCUCCUGCCCUGGCUGUUUCCUCAUCGUGUAGACUGACCUCCUGCCCUGACCUCCUGCCCUGACCUGGCUGUUUCCUCAUCGUGUAGACUGACCUCCUGCCCUGACCUGGCUGUUUCCUCAUCGUGUAGACUGACCUCCUGCCCUGGUCUGGCUGUUUCCUCAUCGUGUAGACUGACCUCCUGCCCUGGUCUGGCUGUUUCCUCAUCGUGUAGACUGACCUCCUGCCCUGGUCUGGCUGUUUCCUCAUCGUGUAGACUGACCUCCUGCCCUGGUCUGGCUGUUUCCUCAUCGUGUAGACUGACCUCCUGCCCUGGUCUGGCUGUUUCCUCAUCGUGUAGACUGAUCUCCUGCCAUGACCUCCUGACCUGGUCCUCAGCAUGGAGACCGACCUGACCUCCUGACCUCCUGACCUGGUCCUCAGCAUGGAGACCGACCUGACCUCCUGCCCUGACCUCCUGACCUGGUCCUCAGCAUGGAGACCGACCUGACCUCCUGACCUGACCUCCUGCCCUGACCUCCUGACCUGGUCCUCAGCAUGGAGACCGACCUGACCUCCUGACCUGACCUCCUGCCCUGACCUCCUGACCUGGUCCUCAGCAUGGAGCCUGAUCUGACCUCCUGACCUGGUCCUCAGCAUGGAGACCGACCUGACCUCCUGGCUGUCAUACACUCCUCUUUGUGACCAACUGGAUUUGAUCGCUCGUUGUUGAACUGUUGUGUGAUUUAGGGCUCUAUUCAAUCUGAAUGGUUGGAAGUUGAGCGUUUUACAGCGUGAUAUGACCAUUUUAAAGGCCAUGUUCCCGGGUUAGUGGAGACCGUAUACAUGGUCAACAGUCUGUACCACUUCAGCCAACCCAGACUGAAUAGAGCCCUUCGUGUCAGACAUUACUGUCGAGGGCAUGUGUGAACCACUGCUGACUAUAGAGUACUAGAGGAUGCUCCAUAAUCAUGUUCACUUAGUCAAUGUAUCUGAUGCUUUCCACUAUGGAUGGAUUAAUGGUUACUGGUUCCAGACCUGUAGAUAGAUAGUGUAACGUAGCUCUGGGAUGUUGGUACAACUGGUUCCAGACCUGUUGAUAGAUAGUGUAACGUAGCUCUGGUGUUUCAACUGUUUCCAGACCUGUUGAUAGAUAGUGUAACGCAGCUCUGGUGUUUUCAACUGUUUCCAGACCUGUAGAUAGAUAGUGUAACGUAGCUCUGGGGUGCUCUGGGGUGUUGGUACAACUGGUUCCAGACCUGUUGAUAGAUAGUGUAACGUAGCUCUGGUGUUUUCAACUGUUUCCAGACCUGUUGAUAGAUAGUGUAACGCAGCUCUGGUGUUUUCAACUGUUUCCAGACCUGUAGAUAGAUAGUGUAACGUAGCUCUGGGGUGCUCUGGGGUGUUGGUACAACUGGUUCCAGACCUGUUGAUAGAUAGUGUAACGUAGCUCUGGUGUUUUCAACUGGUUCCAGACCUGUAGAUAGAUAGUGUAACGUAGCUCUGGUGUUUUCAACUGUUUCCAGACCUGUAGAUAGAUAGUGUAACGUAGCUCUGGUGUUUUCAACUGGAUCCAGACCUGUAGAUAGAUAGUGUAACGUAGCUCUGGUGUUUUCAACUGUUUCCAGACCUGUAGAUAGAUAGUGUAACGUAGCUCUGGUGUUUUCAACUGUUUCCAGACCUGUUGAUAGAUAGUGUAACGUAGCUCUGGUGUUUUCAACUGUUUCCAGACCUGUUGAUAGAUAGUGUAACGUAGCUCUGGUGUUUUCAACUGUUUCCAGACCUGUAGAUAGAUAGUGUAACGUAGCUCUGGGGGUGUUGGUUUUGUUAAGUGUGUUCAACUGUUUUCCCCUACUUCCAUGGCUCUUCCAGAAUGUUCCACCUCAGUACCUUGUAUUCUUAUUCGUUUGUAAAAAAAAAAAAAAAAAAACACAUCAUGUUAAUUCAACAGUAUUGGUUUGACUAUUGACUCGUCUGAUUUUAAAUAGUCUCGUAAUAAAUCAGUGCCUUUCAUCCCAGCAUAGUUUGUUGUUUAUUUUGUAACGCCAUGAGAUAUAAUAUAAUACCUCCGUUAGACGUCGUCUGCUGGGUGGUUUCGGCUCUACUGUUGUCACGGUAACCAUGUUUACUGCGGUGGAGUAGAUCCAUCCUGUCUUUCAGCACUCUUACUUUAUUUUAAAGAUUUAUCUGGGGAAUUAGUUUCACACAACUGGAAGAGAUUGUCUACGUUUUUACUAUUCAUCAACUUCUUUGACCAUACUAAUAAAUAUUGAAUAAGUGUU